AUGGACUCCUCCUCCAAGCGGAAGAGACGCAGCGGCGACGACGAACCCCGCCCGUCGAAACCGCGCGCAGCAUCCGGGGACGAUCCUCAGGCGACCGACGACGAGGUCGAGGAGUUCUUCGCCAUCCUACUCAGGAUGCGCGACGCCUCGCGCUCCAUCGCUACCGCCGGCGGAGGAGCUCGAAGCGACGCCAGGCCGCAGCCGCCUCCGCCUCUCCCUCCCCCUCCCGCUGGGCCCAGGUGGAGCCCCGAGUUCGCGUUGGAGGACUUCCAGGGCGACGGUCUUGCCAGGGACGGUGGCGCCGCGGAUAAGGUUGCGGAGGAGAGCGCGGCGAAGCCGUCGCGUUGCCUCGAUCUGAACGCGGACCCGGAGCCGGAGGGCUUGGCUGUGGCGAGCCCCCGCGGUGAGGCUACCGCCCGCUGCGCCCGUGCGCCCGCUUAG